AUGGGAAAAAGAAAGUCAUCGAGUAAACCAGUGAAAAAGAUCAAGCAAACCCUUGAUGUGACAUUCACAUGUCUAUUUUGUAAUCACGAAAAAUCAGUGAUUUGUACAUUAGACAAGAAAAAUCUCUUGGGAGAAUUACAUUGUAAGAUUUGUGGACAAAGUUUCCAAACAGCCAUACAUUCCUUAUCUCAACCGGUUGAUAUAUAUUCCGAUUGGAUCGAUGCUUGUGAAGAUUUAGCUGAAGAAGCCGAAAAACAUGGAGGUGCACCUGAAGAUGAGAAAGAAAUGUAUUCUGAUGAUGAAUAUGAAUCCAAGGCAGCUAUCAAGUCUGCAGGAAAUGAUGGAGGAAUGGACACCGAUGACGAAUAUUAG